AUGUUUGCGAAGGCAACAAGGAAUUUUCUUAGAGAGGUUGAUACUGAUGGUACCCUGAUUGCAUUAUCAAACUUGAAUGACUCUGACAAGUUACAACUUCUAAGUCUGGUGACCAAAAAGAAGAGAUUCUGGUGUUGGCAGAGACCCAAGUACCAAUUUUUAUCUGUUCCUUUUGGAGAUGUACUUACAGAAGGCCAAUUGCUGAGUCCAGUGGUGGUAGACUCAGACUUUGUGAAAUACGAGGGCAAGUUUGAAAACAAUGUGACUGGGACCAUUGAGACGGCAAUUGGAAAGAUCAAACUGAAUGUUGCAGGCAAAGGCCUCACGGAGAGCCAGUCUUCGUUUGGAACCCUGAGGAAGCAGGAGGUGGACUUGCAACGGCUCAUGCGAGACUCUGCUGAGAGAACAAUAAAUCUGAAAAACCCUGUGCUGCAGCAAGUGCUAGAGAGGAGGAACGAAGUCCUGUGCAUCUUGACACAAAAGAUUGUGACAACACAGGAGUGUAUAAUUUCUGAGCACAAUCAGAUUGAAGAGAAGUGUGGUGGCAUGAUGGGGAUCCAAACCAAGACCAUUCGGGUGUCAGCGACGGAGGAUGGGAACGUGGUCAAGGACUCCAAUGUGGUGCUGGAGAUCCCAGCUUCCACCACCAUUGCCUAUGGCAUCAUUGAGUUGUAUGUGAAGCUGGAUGGCCAGUUUGAAUUCUGCUUCCUCCAAGGAAAGGAUGGUGGCUUUGAGCAUGAGAGAAGUGACUCCAUCUACUUAGACCCCACAGUCUUUAGAAUGUUUUUCAAUGCAGACUUGCCAGACUCCAGGCAUGGAUUAUCUUCGUCGACUGGGCUAUUAAGUGCUUUAAAACAAGAUGCUCUGCUCUUGGAGAAGAAUUUCCAUCCCUUUGUGGAGCUGCCAGAGAAACAGCAAACAGCUCUGAGAGACAUCCUCCAGACAGUCCUAUUUGAUGAUGAAUUACUUAUGGCCCUGGAAAGAGUGUUUGAUGACAUGGCCAGAGGCCUCUCCCCUCCACAGGCAGUGAUGGGAGAGUUGAAGCCCUUGCAACAGCAGCACCUCUGGGCCUUCCUGCAGUUGGUGGGGUGCAGCCUGCAGGGCAGGCACCCAAGGCAGGAGGAUGCCCUCAGCAACCGGGAGCUCUUUUCAACAGCCUACUUCUUGGUCACUGCAUUAGCAGAAAUGCCAGAUAAUGCAACAGCUCUGCUGGGCACUUGCUGUAAGCUCCAGAUUAUUCCUUCGCUGUGCCACUUGCUUCGUGCUCUGUCUGCUGAUGGGUUGUCUGAUCUUGAAGACCCAUCCUUGGCUCCUCUGGUAGACACAGAAAAGUUUGGGAUUGUGCAGCAUUUGUUUGCCUUGGCCGACAUCAGUCUGGAGAGACUGCAGUCAUCUGUGAAAGCUGUCAUCCUGAAGGACUCGAACGUUCUCCCGCUGAUUCUUUGCAUUGCCCUUAUUGGACUCUGUGCUUUAGGCAGAGGACAUGAGUAA